AUGGCCUUAUCUAGUAUAGAACGUCGUCUAUCGUACCACGUAAGGCAUUUGCUUCCGAAGUUAUUAUCUACGAAGUCAUCGCAUUUUCUAGCUUACAUAUUAUCGCUACUAUCGCUGCUAACUGCUGGGUUUAUUACUAUCAUAUCAUUGUAUGCACACUCCUGGCAGUCUGUUUUGCAUUACUCCUCAUGGCAAAUAAAUAUUAUAGCUAGUACGACCAAUCUGGGGUUGUAUUUGACUCCUCCGAUAUUAGGAAUCAUCGCUGAUUCUCAUGGUCCCAUAACACUAAGUUGCCUAUCAGUAUUAGGAUUUGUACCGAGUUACUCUUAUAUUUCUCAUGUUUUCCAUUCAAGGAAUGAUUCUACAUUUGCUUUCCAUGCAUCUUUAGCCAGUUUCUUUUGUAUUGGUGUUUCCACCAGCUGUCUCUAUUUCAGUGCAUUAUUAACCUGCACGAAGCUUUACCCUUCAAAGAAAUUGUUGUCCGUUAGUUUGCCAACUACUGCAUUCGGAGUAUCAUCCUUUCUAGGUUCUCAGUUGAUUAAAGUGCCCUGGUUUUGGACUUCCAAUAGUGAUAGUACAAGAUACUUAAAUUUAGCAAGAAUCUUCAGAUUUUUCGCAAUUUUAUAUAUUAUUGUCGGUCUUCUAGCAUGGAUUGCAACGGGCGUAGUGUCCUUACUUACUCAUAUUGAAAGUGAUUACAUACAACAUCAUCAAGAGGCAGAUCCUUUAUUGCAAGACUCCUCGGUUUCGAUAUCUUCUAUUUCUGUAUCUUCGAAAACGUCAGAUACCAACGAUACUAAAGAAACCAAUUCGUCAUUACAUUUAUUUAAGAAUCCCGUACUACUCAUACUAUUGGUCUCAAUGAUUUUUUCUUUAGGCCCAUUAGAGAUGUUUGCUGUAGAUAUGUCCACCAUAUCAACUAUCUUGGUACCAUCGCAAGCAACCCCCACCACCACACUAUUGCCAGUUUAUGCACUGUCCUCAGUGGUUUCUAGAUUACUAACUGGUGUAAUAAUGGAUUUUCAAACAAGAAGAGGUUACAGACAAAAACAUAUCCUGUUCUUAUACCUUGCCUGCUCCUUAUUUUUGCAUCUACUACUAUUUAUAGUCACAUCAACAGACAGUAGCAUUUCCAUUUAUUUCCUAUACUUCAUAGGGUCGAUGUUUGGAAUAGUGAAUGGAGGCUUAUACACAAUUUACCCAAUUUUAACCCUGAUUAUUUACAAGAACAGACAUUUUGGGAAAAUAUUUGGUUUCUUAAUGAUAUCACCAGCAGUAGGGACACUUCUUUCAUGCCUACAAUUUGCAAAGACUUUUGAUUCAAAUUGUGCUAAUGACGGUUCAAGUAUCUGUAUCAAAUCAGUUUAUGAAAUUGGUUUGUUGCAAAACAUAUGUGCGUUUGGAUUGAGUUGGUUAGUAUAUAAUUAUUGGAGUAAAAGAAACAGCCAGAUAUAG